UAGAAAAACAAACAUCAAAAACUGUCAUUAAAAUAAUUAAUUACCAAAGUGAUGGAGAAAAUUUGUUCAACAAUCAUGUAUACCAACAUCAAAGGCCAAAUCAAAUUGUGCAAUUACCACUGAAUGAAUUCAACAAUCAACUAGUGAAUUACAUUAUUAUAUUAUUUCAUUUAUAUUUACCACAAUCGAGAAGAAACAAAAAAAAAGCUUGUUAAAUCUUCCACAAUGAUAAACUAAUUGUUGGGUGAUUAUCCAUUAACAAUAACUAGGUGAUAUUGAUAAUCUCGUUUCAUUGUUACUUAAAUUGAAUCAGAAAAAAAUCAUAAUCCAUACAAAUAUUUUAAUGAAUGCGAAGCAAUUUAAUAAAUUGUUAAACUUUUCCCUUUCGAUACUCACCAAGGGAGAGACAAUUUAAUUGUGUUGAUAAUCAUCCGGAUGUGUCCAAGUAUUGUAAGUAUGUAAACAGUGAUGAUGAUCAUUUCAAAGUGAUAGUAAACAAAAUUUCAUUAAUUUGUUUUCAAUUGUUGAAUUAAACCAUUGUAACCAAAUAACUGGAUCAAAACUUAUAAUUAUCACUUUUGACUAAAUCAAAUUGUAUGUUCAACAUUCAGAUAUUUUUCUGGUGAAAAAUGUUAAAUCCAAACAAUCAAUGGAUCAUAUAAAUCAUUGUAAAAUCAAUUCAAGGUUUACAACGAUAAAUUUUGACCAUUAUAAUUAAAUGGUUAACAAUUAACCAGUUGAAUGAUGUGAAAACUGUUUAAAAAUAACAUCCGAUUGAAAUAAUAAUCAAUCUCACUCAUAAUUCAACAAUAAAAAAAAAUUUGUUGAUUCAGUUUCCAAGUAAAAGUUGAUUAACACACUGAAAGAUCAUUUCACUUUCAUUAUAUUAAUUAACUGAUUGUGUGUCGAAAAAAAAAGUGAUUUAAAUAUAAGUGAAAAUGAUUAACCAUCAAUAUUUGUUUCCAUUUGUGUUAAUUACAGUUGGAAAUUAUUUUAAUCCAGUUUCAGCUGAUUGUCCGAUUGCUGCUGUUCCCGUUGGUGGUUAUGUACUUUCCGGUUGUUCAACACGAACCAAUUCAGUUUGUUCAAUUCAAUGUAGUUCAACGGGAAUUGUCCAGUCGCAAAUUUGUCAACCAAAUGGACUUUGGUCUGGACCACAAUUUAAUUGUUAUGGUGGUGGUAACGGAGUAAUUCCUGGUGGCGGUGGUUAUGGUGGAAACUUUAACAACAAUAAUAAUAAUAACUUUGGGUCAACUAAUUUCGGUCAAGGAUUCAUUGGUCAAGGAACUUGUGUCAGUUUAUCUGCUCCGGCCAAUGGUUACUAUUCUGGUAAUUGUGCCCCGGGAAUUGUUGGUGGAAAUUGUAUUUUCUCUUGUAGAUCUGGAACUGAAUUAAGAGGAACCUCCAUUUUGACUUGUCUAAGUUCUGGUACCUGGUCAGCAGGAGUACCAUCAUGUUCAGUAAGGACUCGUUGGUAUGUUUUGGUUCGACGUUGGUUUGGUUGAUUGUCCUUCUUUAUUCAAUGAUUCUUCCAACAUCCAAAUUGUUCAAGUUGAUUAGUUAUCCAUUUCAUUAGAGAAACAAUUUGAUUAAUUAUUCUAAUGUUGUCACAUAUCAUGAACAUUUAUUUAUCAAUCGUUUCUGUUUCUCUCUCUUUUCUAUGGAUUUAGGGAUAUUUUUCAGUGAUGCUAGAAAGGGAAGAAAUUUGAUUAAUUAACUGUUUUAAAAAUCUAAUCAACAAUUAGCAUGAAAAUUGCAUUUAUUUUGAGCAAAUAAUAAGAAAAACAGAAAAAAACUCCGAGUUUUCUCAUUGUCAUAUUGAUUCAAGUUGAUGUUUCGUCUGUUUGUUGAUUCAUCUCUUGUUAACUAUUAAAUUAUUUGUUUGUUUGAUUGAUUAAUUUGAAUAAAAUGCUCGGCAUUAAGCACAGAUGAAUAAACAAUUAACUUCUUCAAACUACCCAAUGGA